AUGGGCUGCGCGCAAUCGACUCCGAGUUCUUCUCAACAUCAUUCGAGAUUGUUUCGUCAGUUAUUCGGUAAUACCUCUUCACAAGAAGAAGAAGACAACAACGAUGAGAGAAGACGGACGAGAGGCGCUUCCUCCUCUUCCUCUUCUCGACAACAGAGAAGAGAUGAACGAGAUGAAAUUUUGAAAACGAAAGUCGUUUUACUCGGCGACAGCGGGGUUGGGAAGUCCUGCAUCGUCAAUCGGUUCGCCACGAAUACGUUUGACGUUGAUUCUCGAGUGACGGUUGGCGCCGCGUUCGUGGCGAGGACGAUUGAAGUCAACAAAAGCGAUAAAGAUGAGAGUUUAAUAAAAAUGAAAAAGCCACCACAAGCAGGGCGAAGAGUCAAGUUUGAAAUCUGGGAUACCGCCGGUCAGGAAAGGUACGAGAGUUUAGCGAAUCUCUACUACCGCCGAGCGCACGUGGCGAUAGUCGUGUUCGCGCUGGACGACGAGAAGUCGUUCGAGAAGGCGAGAUUUUGGAUCAACGAAUUAAAGGAGAAGUGCGAGAAGAGAGACGCUUUGAUUAUUUUGUGCGGGAAUAAAAUGGACAAGAUUACGGACGAACACGAGGAUAGGAUCGAGGAGCCUUCUUCUUCUAGCAGAGGAGGGAACGGCGGUGACGAGAUUGUCGAAGACGACGACGGCAAUGCGGUAUUCGUAUCCAUGGACCGCGCCAAUCGCAUGGCGAACGAACUCGGGUGUCACAUGUGCGUCACAUCUUCGGCAAAAACCGGGGAAGGCGUUGAAGAAUUGUUCUUCGAAGUCGCGCGCACGUUGUUACUGAAACAACGAAACGGUGGCGGAAAAUCAGAAGCGACGAAUGACGGUGGCGCAACUACUGCGAAGAAAAUGAAAACGAAGAAAACGAAGAAGAAAACCCGAAGCAACACAACAUCGACAAGGGAGAACGCAGAGGAAGAAGGAGAAGAAGGAGGUCCAACGCCGCCUGAAAACGACGGCGACGCGAAUACCGCCGCUCUUACCGCUCGCGAAUUCGGCGCCAACGCAAAGACGAAGAAAAAGAAAAAGAAAAAGCCGAUGCAGGGGGAAACGAGCAAUCCGUCCCGUCGUCCUCUUCACGACACGUGA